AUGGCGCUGGUUCCAAUCGCCGCGGCGGUGCUGGUCGCCUACGGCAUCAUCACUUAUGUCGUGAACCUGCGAUUUUACGUCAAGGAGGCGAAGCGAAGCGGGUUGCCCUACGUUGUCACGCCGUGCAAUCCGUUUUGGCUGCCGUGGCAGGUCUCACAUAAGCUCUGGGUGCCCAUCAUCAAGUUGUUCCCAAAGUCAUGGUGGGACGGAUGGCUCGAGAUCAUGAUUCCCAACUUUGCGUAUCGGACUCGGCAUGAGUGGUUUGCCAAGCUGGGCGAGUCUUUUCUCGUUGCCUCUCCCGGGGGACUGUUGAUGAUGACGGACAAUGCGGAGACGAUCCGGACCGUCACGCUCAAGAGGGAGCAGUUCCCCAAGUGGACGGCUGCUUACACCAUCCUGAAGCAGUUUGGCGAGAAUGUGCUGACCACGGAGGGGAGCGUGUGGCGGAUGCACCGAAAGGUCACGUCUGCGUCGUUCAACGAGAGGAACGCCGCCUUGGUGUUCCGCGAAGCCAUCAAGCAGACGCAAGGCAUGUUGCGGAUGUGGACGGGGCCGUCGGGGGCUACCAGAAAGGAGCCGCUGAGGUCGCUGCAGCACGACACGAUGAAGCUGGCCCUGAACAUCAUCAGCUACGUUGGCUUCGGCAUGCGUCUGCUGUGGCCGGGCGAGACGCAUCCUGCGGGGACGGAUCCCAAGAUUGUCAAGUACGGCUCGCACGAGCCUACGGACGGGCACCAGCUGAGCUUUACGGACACGAUGGAGAUUCUGCUCCAUUAUCUGCUGCUUCUGCUCAUUGUUCCGCGAUGGAUUCUGAAAAUGCUCCCCUUUGAGAACAUCAAGAAAGCAGUGCUGUCUUACGAUGAGUACAUCAGCUACAUGAACGAGCUCCUGGACGAAAAGAUUGAAGAAGCCCGCAAGGGAGAGCACGUCGAGGGCAUGGACCUCAUGGGCCAGCUGGCCAAGUCGUCUUUCGGCACCGAGACCAAGGAGGCGACGCUGACGCGCGAAGAGAUCAUCGGCAACGCCUUCAUCAUGUUCGUGGCCGGCCACGAGACGACGGCCAACUCCAUCCACUUCACCAUGAUCCACCUGGCCACGCACCCCGAGGCGCAGCGCGCGAUGCAAAAGGACAUUGACGACAUCCUGGGCGACAAGGACCCCCAGGACUGGGAUUACGACAGCCUGGUGAACCAGAUGACGGCCAGCAUGAUCGGGGCGGCCAUGUACGAGACGCUGAGGCUGGUGCCGCCCGUGUCCGAGAUCCCCAAGAAGAUCUCGCCCGACGCGGACCAGAGCCUCGUCAUGGACGGCGCGCGGUACGUGCUGCCCAGGAACACGGGCAUCUCGCUGGCGACGGUGUCGACGCACGUCAACCCGCGGUACUGGCCGACGCGGCCCAGCAAGAUCACGCCGGGCGCGUCCAACAUCCUCGACUUUUGCCCGGAGCGCUGGUUCCAGAAGACGGCCAAGGACAAGGAGCGCGACGGCGGCGGCGGCGGCAACGAGUCGGUGGCGGGCGCCGACUCGGAGGACUUUGGCGGCUUCCAGGGCUCCGACAUCAACGCGCAGCUCUUCAAGCCGGAGCGCGGGUCGUACAUCCCCUUUAGCGACGGCGCGCGGUCGUGCCUGGGGCGGCGCAUCGCGGUGGUGGAGAUCAUCGCGGCGCUGGCCGUCAUCUUCCGGAGCUACAGCGUCGAGCUGGCGGUGGACGAGUGGGCGAGCCCGGGCGAGGUCGAGGCCAUGGGCCGCGAGGAGAGGGCGGCGGUGUACCGGCGGGCGCAGGACAAGAGCCGGUGGACGGUGGGACAGGCGUCGACGAGGCUGACGCUGAACCUGCAGGAUGGGAUGCACGUGCCGGUGCGGAUUGUGAAGAGGGGAGAGGAGAAGUUUGUGGACUGGAUGGACUAG